AUUUCAUCAGAUAAGUUUUUAUUGAAAGAAACGAGUUCCAGCAUAACAAGGACCGUAUCGGCAGCCUUCAAUAACCUCUAUUAUCCAGUUAAUACUCCAUCAUGUCAAUACCAAAAGCAGUUGAUAAUCGAGUCGUUGUUCUACAAUUUACUUAUCGCUCUUCCGAAAGAGUUCGAUUCAUUUUUCGUUGCCUCAGUGGUCAUGAUUAAUUUUCGACGAUGGUUUCCUCAGAAAAAAGUUGUUUACAUUGGUGUAACAUUAGAAAUGAUUCGGAAUAUGGUUUGCGUGUUCAUGGAUAUAACUGGAUGUGAUAGAAGGGAUAUUUGUGUUUAUGGUGAUCAGAAGAAGUCUGAUCGAUUUGCGGAAUGGAACAAUUGUGGGAUUGUUUUUGCAACGGCUGAGGUGAGUGUUGUGCCAUUAUCAUGCAACUGCAGAUGUGUUGUAUUGAUGCAUAUUACUCACAGCAAUAUCGAUUCUGAUAAUAAUAUUUGUAACAUAUUCAUAAUGACAAUGUUCGUUCAAAAAUAG